GCAGCCCUCAAAUCCUCAUUGAUGUCCAAAACCCAAAACCUCGAACGCAGGCGCACAGAGAGAGCCAUAGAGGCGUAGUAGAAAUGUUGCGUUCUCUUCUCAGAGCUUCUGCUCUCACGAGUCCGCAAUUUCUCAGAGCUUCUGCCAUUCCUUCAAUACAUCCAAGUACUCAGAACGACAUUCAUCUUUGCUUCUAUGCUUCGAAGGCCGCCAAGACUGCGAAGAAGCCCGAUCCCAAAUCGAAAGUGAAGUCCAAAUCCAAGUCGAAAUCAAAAACGGAAGCUGAUACUGAAGGCGCCGCCGGAUUGUCCGAGUUAGACAUGGCAGUCUCCGAUGACGGCGCCACUCGUGCCCGCCUCCUGGCGGAGGACGCGAAGGACUCGUCUCUCGAUGUGGGGCUGAAUGGUCGCCCUCUGUUCACCUCCACUCCUUCUUUGGCACUACUCACUCGCAAGGACACCUGCUCCUACUUCAAAUUCAGUGAGGAUGGACUAAAUGCGGUAUUACCUGAAGGGUUGCCGAAGGGUAUGGUGACGGAGUUUGAGGAGUCCAUGCGGAGGGCAUUGCUGGUUCGGCAGAGCUUUUUGGAUCUUCGUGAUAAUUUUAGGCGCAUUGUUGAUCCGCCAUUGAGCUCCUCUGAUGGUAAAGGUUCAAAAGCUAGGAAGCAGAUUGUCUUGGAUGGUCCUGUUAGCUGUGGAAAGAGUAUUACACUUGCAAUGCUGGUUCACUGGGCCCGUGAUGAGGGUUGGCUGGUGUUUUAUGUUCCUAGAGGCCGGGAGUGGGCUCAUGGAGGAUUUUUCUAUAAAAACCCGCAAACUGGUUUAUGGGACACUCCUCUUCAGGCUGAAAAUGUUCUCAAGGAUUUUCUGAAAUAUAAUGAACCCCGCUUAAAACUAUUACCAUGCCAUGUGUUUGAUCCUAUUCCUUUGGGAGAGGGUGCUGGUGUUGGAUGGCCGAAAGUGGAUGACUCCGUGUCAAUUCCUGAAGGUUCAAUGCUGUAUGACUUGGUUCAAAUAGGAAUCAGGUCCACAUAUGCAGCCGUUGGAGUAGUGGUUCGUUUGAGGAAAGAGUUAGCACUAGUGAAAGACGUACCUGUACUCAUUGCAAUUGAUCAAUAUAACAACUGGUUUACAUUUAGUGAGUUUCAAGAGCCAGUAACUGUUCGUUCUUGUCGACCAAUACAUGCUAGAGAACUUGCCAUGGUGAAUGCUUUUAGAUCCAUGAUGCAUAAUGGCAUGAUGGUCGGUGCCUUUUCUCAUUCGACAGCAGUUGGAAAACUUCGUAAAGAUCUGCCAGAUGUUCCUGUAGAUGCUCGUAUCUUCUUACCUCGCUACACUCUAGAUGAGGCGGCAUCCGUAUGCCAUUACUAUCUCAGGCAAAGACUCGUUCGUCGAGAAGCAUUUUCAGAGGAGAACUGGAGGAAGAUAUACUACUUAUCAAAUGGGAAUGGAGCAGAAAUGAGGAGCUUGAUUCCUUUGAUGAGGUGACCAAGUCAUGUUCAUUUAAUUUCAAGGAGAUGAUUGGCAGUAGGGAUGUUCACUUCAAUGGCUCUUAAUCUGGUCAGAAUACAUUUUGGCAUGAAGUCGCAUUCUCUAUGAGGACUGUAUACAAUAUGUAGUUCAAAACAGCAUUUAAGUCCUAACUUGGGAAGGAAUUCAAUUUUGGAUGAUGGUUUUAUAUCUAUGUUUCAUUUUUCCCCAGCCAAAUAAAACUCACAAAUUUUUUGUGGUGCCGCA